AGGAUCUUUAAAUUCAGAAUGUCAAUACCUGAGUUAGCUGUAGAGUUACUAAAGAAAUCUAUUAAGGAAGCAAAAUGUAACUCAACUGUAACCAAUAUUAUAAUAACAGGGAAUAAAAACGUUGGUAAAUCAAGCCUUAUAAAUGCGUUUCUCGAAAAGAAUGAUAAGCCCCGAGAAACAAAAGUAUUGGAAUAUUCUUUCGGUAGAAAAUCAUCUCAAAAAUCGGGGAUUGAAAAAUGUAUAUGCCAUGUUUGGGAAUACAGUGGAAAACUAGAGAUGCUUAAGGAUGUAUUGACUCCCAUUCCGAUAAAUGACAACUUCUAUAUCUGUGUCAUGAUAGACCUAAGUAAAGUAAAAUGUAUCUGGAACAUAAUAGAAACAUGCCUUCAGAUCAUUACUGAAAAAUACCAGUCAACGGUAUAUGAGAUAAUUAUAAUCGGUGGGAAAUACGAUAUUUUCAAAAAUUAUGACUCAGAAAUCAAAAAGCACGUGUGCACCAUGAUAAGAAGUAUUGCACUUCUGUAUAACGCACACGUAAUAUUUCACUCAACGAAAGAACCACCACUACUCAGGAGGUCGAAGGAAGUAUUCUAUAGCAUGGGAUUCGGGAAAGGCAUCACAUUGAAGGACAGAAACAUAAACUUUACAAAGCCUUUAAUUAUUCCUAAAGGGUCCGAUACUUGGGAAAAUAUUGGCAUUCCUGUCUCAAAUUUAGACCAAAUCAAAAAUCGAUACAUUGCUCGAGUGACACCAGAAGUAGACCUACAAAAUAACAACAGCGCCAUCGCUAGAAAUCGCACUCAUCCUGAACCAAUCCUGGAUGCACUCUCAAAUUUAAAAUACGACGAAUUGCGUAACAUAGCGUGCUUUGAUCCAGCCAUCAGCGAAUACUUAGCUGGCCUUAAUUGUAUAGGGCAUGUUAAAAUGCAUUAGUAUUUUCAAUAAA